AUGUCCCAGCACCUGCUUCUCCGGCUUGUGAUCCUUGCCAUCAGCCCCAUCCCGGGAGCCUUCCAGGACUCAGACUGCGGUCGCCCCGAGCCCUCUGCCCGAAUCGUGGGGGGCUCAGACUCUCAGCCGGGCACCUGGCCGUGGCAGGUGAGCCUGCAUCAUGGCGGGGGCCACAUCUGCGGGGGCUCCCUCAUCGCCCCUUCCUGGGUCCUCUCGGCUGCUCACUGUUUCGUGACGGUCUGCCCGCUCCCUCGGGUCCACCUGACCCCCUUCCCGCCACGGCGCAGGAACGGGACCUUGGAGCCCGCGGCCGAGUGGUCGGUGGUGCUGGGCGUGCACUCGCAGGACGGGCCCCUGGACGGCGCGCACGUCCGCGCGGUGGCCGCCAUCCUGGUGCCGGACAACUACAGCAGCGUGGAACGGGGCGCCGACGUGGCCCUGCUGCGCCUGGCCUCCCCCGCCAGGCUGGGCCCCUCCGUGCGGCCCGUCUGCCUGCCCCGCUCCUCGCACCGCUUUGCUCACGGCACCGCCUGCUGGGCCACCGGCUGGGGGGACGUCCAGGAGGAGGACCCCCUGCCUCUCCCCUGGGUGCUACAAGAAGUGGAGCUCAGGUUGCUGGGAGAGGCUGCCUGUCAGUGUCUCUACAGCCGGCCUGGCCCCUUCAAUCUGACGUUCCAGCUACUGCCGGGGAUGCUCUGUGCCGGCUACCCGGAAGGCCGCAGGGACACCUGCCAGGGAGACUCUGGGGGACCCCUGGUCUGCGAGGAAGGUGGCCGAUGGUUCCAGGCAGGAAUCACCAGCUUUGGCUUUGGCUGUGGACGGAGGAACCGCCCCGGAGUCUUCACUGCUGUGGCUCCCUAUGAGGCAUGGAUAAGGGAACAGGUGUCAGGCUCAGAGCCUGGGCCUGCCUUCCCCACCCAGCCCCCGGAGGCCCAGUCAGGCCUUCCCGAGCCCAUGAAUGAGAACUGCACCAUCGCCCUGCCAGAGUGUGGGAAAGCCCGGAGGCCAGGGGCCUGGCCCUGGGAAGCCCAGGUGAUGGUCCCAGGAUCCAGACCCUGCUAUGGGGCACUGGUGUCUGAAAGCUGGGUCUUGGCACCUGCCAGUUGCUUUCCAGGUCACAUCAGCUCAGACCGCCCGCCCAGCGACCUGGACUACUGGCGCGUGCAACUGCCCUCGCGCCCGCGCGCGGAGCAGGUGGCGCGCCUCGUGCCGCACGAGAACGCCUCGUGGGACGAUGCCUCGAACCUGGCGCUGCUGCAGCUGCGCGCGCCCGUGAACCUGAGCGCGGCCCCGCGGCCAGUGUGUCUACCCCACCCAGAACACUAUUUCCUGCCAGGGAGCCGCUGCCGCCUGGCUCGCUGGGGCCGCGGGGAACCCGCGCCCGGAGCCAGCUCGCUGCUUGAGGCGGAGCUGUUGGGUGCCUGGUGGUGUCACUGCCUGUAUGGCCGCCAGGGGGCGUCAGUGCCGCCGCCGGGAGAGCCGCCUCAGGCGCUCUGCCCUGCCUACCAGGAGGAGGAGGUGGAGGGGAGCUGCUGGAACUACUCUCAUUGGAGCCUGCUGUGCCGGGAAGAGGGGACCUGGUUCCUGGCUGGAAUCAGAGACUUCCCCAGUGACUGCCUGCGUCCCAGAGUUUUCUACCCGCUGCAGACCCACGGUCCAUGGAUCAGCCAUGUGACUCGGGGGGCCUACCUGGAGGACCAGCUGGCCUGGGACUGGGGCCCUGAGGGAGAAGAGACUGAGGCACAAACUUGUCCCCCUCACACAGAGAAUGGUGCCUGUGGCCUGCGGCCAGAGCCAGCUCUGAUGGGGGUCCUGUGGCCCUGGCUGGCAGAGGUGCAUGUCGCUGGAGAGCGCGUCUGUGCUGGCAUCCUCGUGGCCCCAGGCUGGGUUCUGGCAGCCACUCACUGUGUCCUCAGGCCAGGCUCUACAACGGUGCCUUAUAUUGAAGUGUACCUGGGCCGGGCGGGGGCCAGCCCUCUCCCCCAGAGCCACCAGGUGUCCCGGUUGGUCAUCAGCAUCCGCUUGCCCCGGCACCUGGGGCUGCGGCCCCCCCUGGCCCUCCUGGAGCUGAGCUCCCGAGUGGAGCCCUCCCCAUCAGCCUUGCCCAUCUGCCUUCACCCAGGGGGUACCCCCCUGGGGGCCAGUUGCUGGGUACUGGGCUGGAAGGACCCCCAAGACAGAGUCCCUGUGGCUGCUGCUGUCUCCAUCUUGACGCCACGACUCUGUCACUGCCUCUAUCAAGGCCUUCUGCCUCCUGGGACUCUAUGUGUCCUGUAUGCAGAGGGGCAAGAGGACAGGUGUGAGGUGACCUCAGCACCUCCGCUCCUGUGCCAGACUGAGGGCGGCUCCUGGGUCCUCGUGGGCAUGGCUGUUCGAGGCAGCCGGGAGCUGUUUGCUGCCACUGGCCCUGAAGAGGCCUGGAUCUCCCAGACUGUGGGGGAGGCACCUUUCCUGCCCCCCAGCGGCUUCCCCCACUGGCUCACUGAAGGCAGUGACCUCUGUCCCCCCGACAUGGCCAGGGCCUCAGGUUCCCCGCGGGCUGCUCUUUUCCUGCUGCUUCUGACCCCCCUGAUCCAGGGCUGAGGGCUGACCCCUCCCGGCCCGGGGCCCUGGGCUACCUCCCCUUCACCUCCCCACCCGCUUCCACCCUCCACUUCCCGCCCAGUGAGGCUGGAAUGUAGCCCAACUGGCUCCCCUUCCCUUACCCAGAACCUCUGGAGCGCUCCACCCACCUAGACUGCAGCGGCUUCGGUUAAUUGGGCCUCAGUGCCCAGCUAUUUCGGGCUCUGGCAUUCUUGAGGGCAGCGGGAGCCAGCGGACAAUAAACAUGUAAACACAGACACGUGGCCUUGUGGCACGGCUGGAGGCAGGCUGAGGGGGCCAAGGGGGGGCCCCAGGGCUGGGCCUCUCCCUCCUGGGCCUCUGAGUCAGGCUGUGGGCAACCAGGAAAUGUGUCUCCGAUAAGGUGGCAGCUGUCCCUCAUUCCUGCCCCAGGGCGGGGGAGGUUGCGUGGCCAGCUGGGUGUGUGUCACGUCCCCAGUGGAAUCAGCGUCCCCGACACCUGCUGGCCACCUCAGCCUUGGCCUUGCCGCCCCUCCCCCUCGAGAGCAAGAAGGACUGAGGGUGAGGGUCAGCGGGAGAGUCCGGGGGUCUGGGAGUCCAGGGUCUGUCUGUCAUAUUCUGCACCCACAGGGAGCCUCCCCCAUAUACACACCCUGAUGAAUGGUGUCCCAGAGUGUAUGCCUCUGGAGUCCUCGUGCACACACCACGCUUGUACCCUUCAAGGGCCCACCACGUCCUGCCCAAAGCCCCCAGGGUCUGGACCCCAUCAUGAGUCCCUCAUCUGUACAUCUCACAGCCUCUUCCCAUAACUAACCAGUGUGUGUGUGUGUGUGUGUGUGUGUCUGUGUGUGUUAGUCGCUCAGUCGUAUCUGACUCUGCCACCCCA